ACACAGAUUGACACAGAGAGAGAGAGAGAGAGAGAGAGAGAGAGAGAGAGAGAGAGAGAGAGAGCAGCAAGAUUCCAAUGGAAGAAACCAACAGGAGGCAGGCAGCAUGGCAGGGAUAACUAGAGGACAGAUCAGAGGUUGGUACCGGCACUACCAACCAGCCCUACCCAUCUGCCUCCGUAGUGGCGUGCACUGGCUACCAGUAGAUGCCCGUACAAAACUAACAUUUGUCCCGGCUCCUUGCACCACCAUAUAUUCGCGCACAUACAUAGCAUCUCAAGCUCCCAAUCCCAAGAUGAAUGCUACGUAGGUAGACAGUGUUCUUGUGGUGACGUGACCUCCACAGAGUGCAGAGAUGGGAGAAGCUGAAGAAGCGCCAGGAGACAGCAAUGGUGAGGCACUGGAGCUCCUCAUGUCCAUGGCGUCCUCUUCGCUGGCCUGCUCUGUCUCGCAGUUCCCAGCCAAGUGGCAGUCCAUCAAGGACAAGCUCCAGCUGCUCUGCUGCAGCCUCAAUUCACUCUGCGGCGGCGGCGGUGACCACGACGACGACGACGACAAGGAGCAUCCUGUGUUGGCUGAGCUUCUGCGGCUGGCUUCAGCAACCGUGAGGAGCAUCCAGGUCGUUGCUUCUCAGUGCAGCGACGGGUCAUACAAGGGUGGAAGGCUUCGUCUGAGGAGCGACCUGGACAACCUGAGCUGCAAGCUCGAUGCGCACAUGAAGCAGCUCAAGGAGAUGGCCGUCUCGUCCGGGGCGCCGUCGCCGUCCAAGGCCAUUGUCGCCGUCAGGCCCAGCGCCGAGGCCAGCGUGGGUGAGAAGGCCUUCUACCUCAAGGAUCUCUUUUCCAGGAUCAGGAUCGGCGGCACCGUCCAGAGGAGCCAGGCACUGGCCGCCAUCAGGGAGCUGUUGGUGGAAGACGAGCUCUGUGCGAAGGUUGUCGCCCUCGACGUCGACGACGGCGUCGCCCUGCUCACGGGGUUCCUCGAGUCCACCGACGCGCGCAUCCAAGAAGAGGCUGCCGGCGCCGUCGCCGUCGUCGCGAGCUCCGAGCGUUACAGGGGAAUGCUGGUGAAGGCAGGGGUGAUCGCCCCGCUCGUCCAGCUGCUGGAGAACGCGGACACCGCCAGCGAGCUGGGCAAGCAGAGGGCGGCGCACGCGCUGAGGGAGCUGACGGAGAACUCCGACAACGUGUGGGCCGUCUGCGCGCACGGCGGCCUCACCACGCUGCUGCACGCCUGCGCCCACGCCGGCAGCAGCAGCAAGCUCGUCAGCUCCUCUUUUGCAGUGCUGAGGAACCUCAGUCGGGUGGAGGAAGUGAAGAUGUUCAUGGUGGAGCAAGGGGUGGUCACGGAGCUGGUGAAGCUCUCCCAGAAGAAGGAGGAGGUCCGCAAGCUCGGCGCCGUCGAAUUGCUCCACGCCAUGGCUCUGGAUGACGCCGACGUCAGGGAGGAAGCCGUCGGCAUGGGGGUGAUCCAGUCCCUCCUCCAGUUGAUAUACCCCGACCUUCCCUACUCGUACAAGGCCAGGGAGGUUGCUCUUGCUGCCAUCUGGUUCUUCUGCUUCUCUUCUGCAAACUCCUUGGAUGACCUCAUCAGCUCGGAUGUUCUUGGCUGGCUGCUCUUCUACCUGAACAACGGCGACUACGCCGUCCUCGAAUGUACGCUCAAGAUUCUGAGGCAUCUCUCCGAGGUUUCUGAGGAGUACAACCGGAUGAUGGGCAGAGCAGGGUAUUUGAGCGCCCUGUCAGGCUUGCUUGGAGCGAAAUCCUGUCGAGUCCGGGAAAUGGCGGCGCAGGUUCUUUCCAGCUUGCUGAUGCUUCACCCCAACCGUGCCAUCUUCAUCCAAGACGGCGACAAUCUGAACAGGCUGCUGCAGCUCCUUGAUCCAGCCGAGGGCAAGUUGAUGGCGAAGGACUUGAUCCUCUCUGCUAUCAUGUCCCUGGCUGAGACCAACAGCGGAAGGAAGAAGAUUGUGACGUCGGAAAAUUUCUGCAGCCUGAAAGAACUGGCAGAAUCUGGUGACUUCGACGCCAAGAAGAUCGUCAGGAAACUAUCUACUAACAGACUGCAAACCAUCUUCAGCAAAAUAUGGAGUGUCUAGAUUAUUCCUGACUCCCCUUUUUCACUGAGGCUUAGCUCUAGUCUAUUUGAUGUCCAUAGUAUUUUUUCUCUGGCUUUGCUUGUAAUCUCGGCGCAUCCAUCAUUUUGAUUCCUUUGUGAUAUAUAUUGCAACUUCGGUUAAAUUCAUCCUUUUUUAGGAACAGGGUUCUAAAUUCA